CUAGAACACAUUUUCCAUGCUUGUGGUCUUAAGCUAGUAAGCUUCAGUACUAUAGAAACAGAACUGACCGAAGCUUACAUUUAUGAACAUAGUUCUCAGAGUCUCAUAUUGAGCCCCGAUGGCAUAUGUUUUUGAUGAAGGAAAGUUCCCCUUUAAAUUCAUUACAGAGGAAACUCCAUUUUCUUCCUGUUUCGAUUCCUCAGCCCCUCCAAAACCAUUGUUAAUUGCGACACCAACUGUAAGCGGCACUUAUCCAGUACUCUUGCUUCUUCAUGGCUUCUACCUUCGCAACUACUUCUACAAAGGAAUACUCCAACACAUAGCCUCUCAUGGAUUUAUAGUAGUUGGACCUCAGUUAUAUAGCUUGGUGCCGGCAACUGGACCUGAAGAAAUUGAAUCAGCUGCAAAAGUGGUAAACUGGUUACCAGAAGGCCUUCAAUCUCUUCUGCCUGAAAAUGUUGUCAUGGACUUGACCAAAUUUGCUCUGUCAGGCCACAGUAGAGGUGGCAAAGCAGCAUUUGCAUUAGCACUUGGAUAUGCCAAAGCUGCUUUGUCCCUCAAAUUUUCAGUGCUAAUUGGGAUUGACCCUGUCGCAGGCGCCAACCAAUAUUGCAGAACUAAUCCCCACAUCCUCACCUAUGUCCCUCGCUCUUUCGACCUGAAUAUUCCCGUCUUGGUAAUUGGCACUGGCCUUGGACCGGAAAAGAAGAACGAUUGCAUGUCGCAACCGUGUGCUCCCGAGGGUUUGAACCACAAGGAGUUCUUCAACGAGAGCAAACCCCCAUGUGCACAUUUUGUGGCCAAGGACUAUGGUCACAUGGACAUGUUGGACGACGAUCUACCGGGCGUGGUUGGAGCCAUGUCGGGAUGUAUGUGUAAAAAUGGAAGCGGUCCGAAGGACCUAAUGAGGAAGUCUGUGGGCGGAAUUGUUGUGGCUUUUUUGAAUGCAUAUUUGAAUGGUGAAGAUGGAGAUCUUCUUGCUAUUGUAGCUGAUCCUGCUCUUUCUCCUGCAAGGCUUGAACCUGCGGAGUUCAUCAAUGCGUAACAUCGUGGUCAAGUUUAUCGUUAAGGUCAAUUAAUUUCUUAUCUGAUGAUAUUUUAUUUGAGUCACAUGUUUCUUUCUCUUGAAUUUGAGGUUUGUGAUAUGUUUGGUUUGUCACUUUGUGAUAUGAAGGGUGUGGUGGAGUGCGUUCAUUUCCAGCUAGAGUGGUCCUUAAAUUCUUAUAUGCAGUAAUUUACAAUAAGCCAAGUGAGAUAUGAACAUUUUUGGAACAUUUCUAGAUUUAUUUAUCAUUAAUAAGACAAGAGAAGCGAGAUUGCAUAUGUAGAGCUCUCAUAUGAUAUUAAACUAGCUAGGCCCUAGGCCGUUGCUUUAACAUGUUUAUGACUAUCAAUAACCAUUGUAUUGGUAUGAAUUAUUAUGGUUGUUAUCUUUA